UAUGCUACAUGCACCAUUUAUGAGGAAAUAAUGUUAAAACAGAUCAUAUGAAGAGUUUUGGUGUUUUCCUUCAGAUAAACUUGAUUUUAGCGGUGAUCAACUGAGCGGAGAUUGCGAUGGCUCUGAUGGUGUUUUUGGUGGCUCUUCUCUCGAUUGUACUGGUGAAUGGAUGCAGUGAGGAUGAAGACUCACCCGUCGAAUGUUCUGACCUUAUUAAAGCAGGAGAAAACAGGAGUGGGGUUUACACCAUUCAUCCAGUCGGAGACGCUCCAGUCUGGGUUUACUGUCAGAUGGUCUCAGAUGAAAAAGAUGAAGAUAACGGAGGAUGGACGGUGAUUCAGAGGAGGAUGGACGGCAGUGUGAAUUUCUAUCAGCCGUGGAGAGAGUACAAGAGAGGAUUCGGGAAUGUGGAGGGAGAAUACUGGCUGGGGUUGGAGAAUCUCCACCAGCUGACACGCCACAAGAAGUUCAUGCUGAGAGUUGAUCUGGAGGACUUUGAAGGAAGGAGAGGUUUCGCUCAGUACUCGUCCUUCUCUGUGGGUUGUGAAACCGAUGGGUAUAAACUGCAGGUUUCAGGAUUCACUGACGGAGGAGCAGGCGACUCUCUGACCUACCACAAUGAAAUGAAGUUCAGCACCUUUGACAAGGACCAGGACACCUUUGAACGGAGCUGCGCCAGACUUUAUCUCGGGGCCUUUUGGUACGAUAACUGUCACAAUGCAAACCCCAAUGGUGUGUACUUGUGGGGAGAAGAUAACACCAUUUUUGCCAUUGGAAAUGUUUGGUAUGCUUGGAAGAGCAAUUAUGCGAUUGGUAUGAAAUCCAUCACCAUGAAGAUCAAACCUGUGUCUUAAACAUAUGAAGAAACAAACAACACAACAAUGAAUUUAAGGUCUUUCCCUUCCUCUGUCAUCGAUGAAACAGCAAUUUGUGUGGUAAAUCAAUCAUUUUCUGUGUUGGGUCACAUUAAAUUCACUAAAACUGAAAUGAAUCAAUAAUAAUCUAUAAUAAACUCUUGCAAUGAAA